UAAGACAAUGGAUCUGCGAGCCAAACGGAGAGCCAGCGUGCAGGGGAGUGGGCAUCUGAAGACUGGGAGAUCUGAGUAGUAGUCAGUACCCGAAAACAACAUGGAUGAAUGGCUACCUUGUUGGCAAUGGUGAUGUAGCUACAAGAAUGCCAUCUCUGUACAUCUCUCGUUUUAUUUUAUUCUUUAUUUUCUUCGGCAAUGUUUGGAAGAGUCGAGCUAAAUCAAUUCCGGAUCAGGGAACACUUGAUGUGCUGAUCAGAGUUCGCGUUUUUGACAACAGUGACCUUUCCCCUCUGCCUGAUGCCGCCAUCGAGGUUUACGGCAACCAGUCCACCUUGGCAUCCAGCAGGGCGGGCAGUGAUGGGGUUGCCACGGUUACUUUCCAGUACCAUCCGGGGACGUGGGUCAUCGUCACAGCAUUCAAGCAGGGAUACGUCACCAACUCUGCCCCCUGGCAUGCCAACCGCAUACCCUUGUAUGCGUCCGUCAGCCUCUACCUCCUCCCCCAGAGACCGGCCACCCUCAUCCUGUACGACGACGUGGUCCAGGUUCUGCUAGGGUCACCAGGCGCGAGGAACCAGCCGUUGGUGCAGUUCCCGAGGAAGGCCGUCCACCUGCCGGAGAACUCCUCCUACCCCGAGCUGUCGGCCGUGCUGACCGCCGCCAAGACCCAGUAUGAGAUCGGCGGCUUCCCCUACCUGCUGGGCCAGGAGAUCAACGCCACGGGCGAUAAUGGCGGCUGGGUGGACCUGACGGCAGUUGCGGCGGUCAGCACUCACCUCUUCACUCGCAAUGGGAGUGCCGUCCAGGUGUCCGAGCCCGUGCACAUCUCCAUCCCCCUGCCCUCCGACACCCCCGUGAAGGCCGCCACCAGCAUCCCCGUGUGGAGGUUCGAGGCCCGGACAGGUCUGUGGGUGAGGAACAGGACGGGGUACAUUAAAAAGGAGGGGAUGCAACUGACCUGGAGUUUCGUGGCCCCGCAGUUGGGAUAUUGGGUAGCGGCCAUGCCUUCCUCUGCAGGGACGAGUCUGAACCCCACAGGCCUGCGGGACAUCACCACCUACCACACCAUCUUUCUGCUCACCAUCCUGGGCUCCAUGGCCCUGCUGCUGCUCAUUCUGCUCUGUCUGCUGCUCUACUACUGCAGGAGACGAUGUCUGAAACCGCGGCAGCAGCACCGUAAGAUGCACGCCUCCACCACACUGGACAACUCCAAGAGGGACCAGGGCACCUCCACCUCUCGGCUCAACCUCAUCAGCGGGGGCCACAUGGAGACAGCCUCCUCCAAUGGCGACAUGGAUGGUGUCAAGUCAGACCUCUCUUCCUCGCGCGACUUCCAGAGCUCGCGGGAGGAGUUCUUCAGGAAUGUCCCCGCCCACAAGCUGCGGCACGCAAAGGGGGAUGGAGGCGCCCGGCGAGGCGAGAGCUUCCCCAUGAAGGUGACCCGCUCCACGGACACCAACAGCCUUGACCCCCCGCUGCUGCAGGACGACUACACGAGGAGCUACAGCUCCAUGGACGACAAGGGAAGCGACAGCCGGCGCCACAACGCCAACGACAACCAGGGUUACUCCUCCGACCCUCCUUCCCCACCCGGGAUGCCCCCGCCAUUUUCAGACCACUACCAGGGCCCCAAGCCUGACGGCAAGCCCCCGGAGUACUCCAUGACCCAGUCCACGGACCACCUGGCUCGGCCCACCUCCUUGAACACCCAGCCUGGGCAGCUGAUCUUCUGCGGGUCCAUUGACCAAAUGAAGGAGAACAUGUACAGGAGCAUGGUGCCCACACUGGUCAUCCCGGCCCACUACAUGCGGCUGUCCUCUGACUUCUCCGGUGUGGAGCAGGGGACGGAGCAGCCGACACAGCAGCAGCAACACGACAUGGAUGCCAUGCAGGGGGGCCUGACCCCCCAGCAGCAGCAGCAGCUCCAGCAGCUCCAGCAGCAGCAGCAGCAGCAGCAGCAGGCCGGCCCGCCCGGUGAGGACCCCGAGGGCCGCGGCUGGGGCCCUAACCCGUCCUCGGGACCCGUCCGCAUCCCCGUCCUCUUCAACGACUCCACCAUGGCCCAGAUGAACGGGGAGCUGCAGGCACUGACGGAGAAGAAGCUGCUGGAGCUGGGGGUGAAGCAGCACCCUCGGGCCUGGUUCAUAUCACUGGACGGGCGCGCCAACUCGCACGUGCGACACUCCUACAUCGACCUGGGCAACGAGCGCCCCAGCCGGGUUAACAUUGACCCAAACCUGGAUUCUGGUGUGGAAGUCAAAGAGUGCAAGACAAUACCUGCCGUACACCGCAAGGGAAAGGGCAAAAGUAAGGAAGACCGUGGGGGCGGCGACCGCAAGGACCCGAGCGGCAAGGCCUACUCUAAGCUUGCUUACCUGGACGACACGGAGCCAAGCAGCAGCGAGAGCCGUACGGCCAUGUGCUCACCAGAGGACAACUCCCUCACCCCGCUGCUGGACGAGGCCCCGGAGCCCCGCGGGGCCACCAUCCCCCGGCGGGGCCGCAGCCGGGUCAACAGCUCCCGCAGCAGCAACAGCGAGACCCGGCGGGACUCCAUGACCAGCCCCGAGGACGAGAACGACCCCGACGACAAGGACGACAAGGGCGAGAACAAGAAGAGCCCCUGGCAGAGGCACGAGGAAAGGCCUCUCAUGGUCUUCAACGUCAAGAAGUAGGCCUGAGUCGCCAGGGACCCCUCACACUGUUUCUGAGGGGGCACAAGAUUCAGUCUCCAUCGAUGGUGUGCUUGUAGAUCUUUUUCCCGAAAGUGGUCUUUGGGUAAAAUACCAACAAAACCAUAAUCCAAUGCAACCCAGUGGAAAGCACAACUAUGACACGGAUCACUUGAAGACCAAGAUGCAUUGAAAGUACAUUGCUAAAAAAACAAUCUUCCUCAUUGUUUUGAAGUGAUUGAGUAAACAUCUUGUUAGUUCCCUAAUCCCCAGAAAUGUUUUGGAGGAGCAUGGUUUGUUGUCUCCAUUGGGACUAUCCCAGCAUGUGGUCAGUGUUGAAAAAUCAAGCUGUCAUCAGAAGUUGAGUUCUUCCUGUAUUGGAUAAAGCAGAAACUGAGAGGACAUUGAUGGUCAAUGACAGUGAAGUGAAUGCAGAUUGUAUAUUCCCAAGAUUAUGUCUUUUUUUAAAUCAUUCCCAUAUGUUGUAAAUAUUUUCCCAGGCAUUUUUUUGUUGAAUGAGCUGUUCCCAGCAACAACAAUGGCAAGCCAUUUUUUGGGAAUAGACAGCAGGCCAACUGUAACUGCUUUGUUCCCAUGGAAAAGUUUCUUAGCUGUCCCUCCUACUGGCUGAAUAGAAGGUUCUGGCAAUGUCGAUGUUGGAUACCUCUUUGUUUUUGUUUUUAGGGUUUGUUGGUUAUUUGGUUCAUUUAAGCUCAACAGCUAGACAAUUGAGAAUGAAAUGACCAAUUUUUCUGUGGAUUUAUGAACUAUCAACAAGACCUUUUUUGAAAUGUGUUCUUGUGGUGAAGAGGAGAAGUAUAGUGCUGUAAAUUGAAAUGGCUUGGCAGCCCACAAUGAGGUGGAUUUGUUUCGUGUUUUUUCACUAUUGGAAGCAAAUCAAUGUGUUUUGAUCAUAGGAGAAUUCACUUCAGUGUCCUGCCUUGGAUAUCCCAUUAAAUCCUGAUUUGUGUUCUUGCAAUUGUCCCUGGGAAUCACCUCUCCUAUAGACAACUACAGAUCCUGAAAGAUGUUACUAUGAAACUUUGAAAUAUGUCAUUUUUUUCCAUUUCAUUUUUUUUGGUCAGCUGGCUCUUUAACCUGUGGAUUUAUGAAAGGACUUUCCAGUGUGUAAUGUUAGUGUUCGUUGCUGUAUACUCAAGCGAAUGUGAAUGUUUGCUGUUUCAAUAAGCAGGGUGCAUUGACUGAGCUUUUCUGCUACAUCUGUGUUACUCUUUCAGGGACAUCCAGUGUCAGGUUAACCUAAUGAGGAUGGUAUCAUUUUAUUGACAGCGAUAGAAUUGGGAUCAAAUUAACAGCUGCUAAAAUAUAAUCACUUAUCACUGCAGUUAUCCCACAGUGUUCCAUAAUUGGAAAUAGUGUUACAUUUUCUCAGUUACAUUUGCUCUGUUAUAAAGACUGAAUUAUGAGGAUCCCAAAUUAUUUUAUAUGCUUAAUUAUUAGGUCAAAGCACAAGGCAUCCUUUAAUGAAAGAGUCUGAAACGUGCAGUGAACAGAUAUGAUUCCUGUGUAGUUUUAUUCAAGAGGCGGCUACCAUUUGUGAUGGCAAAGAGAUCUGAUUAACAAGGGGAAUUCUGUAGUUCCCUGCAUUGGUACCCUGGAACAUAUUAGUGUAGGCCUGGGAGAGAGUCCUGUCUUAUUUACUGAAAAAAACUAUCCUUGAAGCAUUUCAUGGGGUCAAGCUAUUGCAAAUGGGUAAAAAAUAAUGAAAACGGAAGCCAUCAGGAAAUAUUUACUAUACCACACCGAGCUCAAAACUAAAAGUUGUUCCAUAAUUUCCAUCCAGAUUCACUUACUUAGACCUACAGAAUCUAAACACAUGUUUAUCUUAUAUUUUGUAAGAAUUUAUGCUGUAUAUUGUAAGAUAUUUGAGACACAUUGCUAAACAGCCACCCAAAAAUGAGGCUGCUAGACCAGACUAUUCCAUUAGUGCCCUUGACAGCAAAUAUUGUGACAUGUCGCUUUGGGUCAUGCUAGGACCACCCUAUCCCAGAUCUUAACCAAAUUCAUAUGAUCUUCUGUUCACAUUGAAUGUGCAACAGUCACUCAUAGUUCUCUAUUCAUAGUACAGAAAGCUGUGUUCAGUUAAUUUAGUCAGUCCUCGUGUCCUGGCACACCCUCCCAUGAGACAGAGAAUGUGUUGUGUGUGUUCACAUGAAGUCCAUUCCAGCAAAGAAAGAAGGCUUUGGUGGAAACGGCCUCAAGCGAGAAGAAGGAAGAUGUCCUUCAGUAACAAGGUGGGAGUGUACUCGCCACACUUGUUGACAUGCAAAUGAGUGUCAGAAAUGCACACAGAGUUAAUUACCCGUCAUAUGAACCAUACCGUAUUCUCUCCCUCAAGUGCCUUCUUUUGCAUACAUUUUUCUGGCCGGCACUGAAGACCUGUUCAGCUAGCACUGAAAGGAGCGUUGUAGAUGCAAGCCAAACAAGUUAAUUCAGUCAGGCGGGUGCCAAGCAUGUAAGUUUGUGGCUACCUAACGAUAACGUAGACCCGUUCACUUGCAAGAAUUCAUGCCGCCAUUUCAUUGACACCAAUUCUUACUCAACAAUACACUCUAGUUUGUCAGCAUUUCAGCCAAGUUUUUUUGGGGGGAAAGGGAUAUAUUUUUAAUGAGCGCAAAUGGUAUGAGAUAUAGUUUAGUAUCAUGCAUGUACUCUGUAUAGUGGUAUGUUGUAUGAAAAUUCAGAUAUUCCUACAGUCUAGGCUUCAGUUGGCAGGGUACCCUCUAUUUCGUGGCACAGGAGCUCUUAUCCGUGCCUGCUGUCAGUCUGUUCUGUGUGUGUGGUCCUCUGGUGUAAUGAAUGUGCAACUUGGACAGUGAACUUAUCAAAAGGAGCAGUGGCUGGCAACCAGUGUUUUGUAGGAUGUGCCUGCUAAUCUGUGCUUUCCAGAACUAAUGAAAGAUGCUGCAGAUAUGUGAUAGGACCAUAAAUAAUGAUUGGUCAUUAACAAAUUGAGAGAGAAAAAAUGGGUGAAGAGAAAAACGUGUUUGAAAAAAUAAGAUUCAGACAUUUGGGAUGCAUGUGGAAGAACAUCAAAGGUCAUUUGAUUCACAUGCCAAAUUUCCAUCUAAAAGUAGGAGACUUUACUGCUUUUUUUUUUUGCAGGUUAAGCAUCCACCAGUCACUCUUCCAGACAUUCACAAUUGAUUUAGCAGCCAAAAUACCCUCAUUGCACAAUUAGCAACAACACUGCCUAUGACAACAACUGUGAACUUGAUCUCUUAAGGAUAUUAGCCUUUCCAUGCUGAACUAUGGAUUUUGAAAAAAUUUAAUUUAAUUUAAUUUAAACACUGUCUUGCAUCCACCUGGGAACUAAUAUCCUACAACAGUUUAGUUGGACAUAGCACUUAAUCUGGCAUAAUUUGUAGUAAAAAAAUCUUUUUUUUAAAACUUGUGUCAUCAAGGACAGUUAUUCAAAUCCCUGCAGCAGUGAAAUUUUGCCAAUUAUGAAUACCAGUUAAGAAGAGGAAGAAAUUGCAGGGGACCUGAUCUAAUUUCUCAGUGGCAAGCACAAAGACUUUAGAGACCAUUAAUUGAAGAUACCUCAGCCGAGAUAAGUAUUCAUGUGAGUGAUGCCUAUUCAUGUUACAUCAUAUACAAUGCUGUUAGUAUGAUCCAACGUUUACCAAGUAGCCAUAAACUGGCACAAUUUAUGUCUUUAAAGCUUGAGUUGAGAUUUCCAGUAAAAUAUUCCUGUUUUGUAACUUUCUUGGUGAAACUUUAAGCCAUUCUCUGUAACAAGAAAAAACAGACCGUUUUUAUCUCUUGCCAGCUAACGUUUGUCCUUUUUCUAAAAUGCUGUCACUGAGCCUUUUUCUCACUGCCGCUUGACAUCUGAAGUAGUCGGUUAUCUGUGAUUUGCUAAACCCAGUCCAACUAGUUUUUCUUUACACUACUGAUGUGUAUAACAUGAACUACAACAGUUAUGUUUCCAUUAGAGGAGAUAAAUUACUUGAAAAUGAGAGUAUAUUAGGAAUACAUUGUUGGCAUAAUGAUCACAUUUAAAUGUGGAAAAAUAAACUUUCUUACCCUCACAGUCUAAUGUAAACAUAGCCAGGUUCAGGUUCUCUUGUAAUGUUUAUACUGCCCAACAGGCUGCACACUCUGCAAUGGUAUCUGUUGAAGGCAGUGGGACAUUUGUACCACCACCUUGCAGGCUUUGAGUGAUAUCGCUUGCAAUUAUAAGGUCCUAAUUACACCCAAAAAAAGCAAAAAAAAAAAUACAAUGUCUGUGUUACUCUGCAUUUUAAACAGAUGAACCUUGUCCAAGAUAAUGCUUCAAGAACAUAAGUGUUGUGUCAAGAAAAAGAAAUGGCAAUUUAAUUCAGAAUACAAUAUGGAGACUGAAGGAUUAGAGGGGAAAUGCUUUCUAGAGGAAUCUGACCAUUCUUGAAAAUGUCACUUAGUUCUGUACGUUGACAGUUGUACAUUUUGUGUAGGUUGUAUGUUUGUGUCCAGGGCGCGAAUGGCGAGGGAGCCAACCAAGAAACUCAUCUGAGCUUAAAAAUAUGAGCGAGUCUGCAAUGUUCCAUGACCUUUUUCCCCUUUCAGUGUAAAGAAAUUGUGGUCGAGAUUUUUGAACACAAGAAAUUGAUAUUGCUAUCAUUUUUGACAGUAUCCAUUUUGCAAUUUAGCUUAAAGAUAAUUACAGUGGAUUUUCUACCUUGAUUUUGGUCAUACCAGACAAGUCUUUUCCAUGUAGAUGUACAUAAGGGAGGGUUGAAGUAUCCACUGCCUCAGCUGGUAUCCGUGUAUCUUCCGGUGCCUUAGAUCCCACCACCUCCUCCCAAAUCAGCCUUCUACAAAAACUGGAUCGGUUAUUAGCAAGAUGGCCUUAUACAGCUUGGUAAAAAGUCACACUACUGAAAAAUGUGCUGUAGUGUGGACUACUCUCAAAUAUUUACAGUGUGCAACCAAAGUCUGCAACAUGCUUGAAUAUUGUUAAACUGGUUAACCAAUUCAAUCAGAAAUGAAAUAUUUGGGCCUUUGUACAGCACCAGUACAUUUUCUUAAAUAGAUAAAAAUAAAGAAAUGCGUAUAAGAAACCUCGAAAUGAAAUAUCCUAAAAUGGUCUCCUUCAGCACAGUAUAACAUUUGUCCACUAGGGUGUAACAUCGAGCAGAAACUGAACAGUUCAGGCUUUUCCAUGUACAGGCCGAAUGGAAUUUUGGAAAUGGUUGUGAAUGGCUGUUAAGCUUUUUUUUUAAAGACUUUGUUAGAAUGUGUGAAAAAUCUGAACUCGUGGUGAAAAGUCACUCUCCUUGUCUUUUUACUUUCAUUUUCAGUGCAAUCUUUAUGCUUGUUAUUAAUAAUGUUAAUAUACAAAGAUUAAAGCAUUUAACAUG